UGGCGAAAUUUGCAAUACAAAUCGAUCCGUGUGCAAAAUGUAUUGCCUUAAUGAAGGGUCGUGUGAAAAAUCAGAAAGGUAUCUAAGGGUGCUGUGGUUUAGUUUUCAAUCCUAAUUUUCCCGUUAGUACUAUUAGGACCAAAGUUUUAGUUAAGAAUCCAUUUAGAAACCAUGCCUUUUAAACCACCAGAGAGGGCCAUGUGCCCAAAAUGUAACAAAGCCGUCUACGCCGCUGAAGAAAGAUUAGGAGGCGGUUACAAAUGGCACAAGGGAUGUUUUAAAUGCAAUAUGUGUAAUAAAAUGUUAGACAGUACGAAUUGUGCUGAACACGCAGCGGCUCUAUAUUGUAAGAACUGUCAUGGUAGAAAAUUCGGUCCUAAAGGUUACGGUUUUGGUGGUGGUGCUGGAGCUCUCAGUAUGGACACUGGUGAACAGUUCGGCAACAAGGAUGCUGAAAUGAGUAACCGACCAACGCAAGCUGUACAUGGAAGUGGUUCUGCAAAAACUGGACCUGGACCCCAUUGUCCACGAUGUGGUCGAACUGUUUAUGAUGCUGAGCGAGCUAUCGGAUCAGCCACACCAUGGCAUAAAUCUUGUUUCAACUGUAAUAAAUGCCAUAAAUCCAUUGAUUCUACAACCAUGAAUGAAUAUGAAGGAGAAUUAUAUUGUAAAAACUGUUAUGUAAAAGAUUUCGGACCAGUCGGCAUCUUAUAAACUGUCUAAUUUUAAAUUUGCAAAUAAAAGUAAUUUAUGUAAUAAUGUACUUACUUUAACCUGGUCGUACUAAAGUCACUUCACUAAAUAAAUUCAUACGUUACCUAUUAAUAUUAUUCAUUGUAUUUAUUGAUAACCCGUCGUGUACAUUGUUAGAGGAUAGUUAUAGUAGAGUUAUCUCCCUUACACCAGGCGGCAUCAAACUUUAACCUAUUAUCUAUACAGACAUGGGUUCCACUUUGUAAUAUACAGGCCAUAUUGGCUUACUGCUUAUAUAGGUAAACUUCUUAAAUAUAUAUUGUAUUGCAAUAAACACUUUUGUACUAAAAA